AAAAUAUUGACAUUUGCGUACAUCAGAUUUUUAUCAGUAAGUUUUGUGAAAAUAUAAAUUUCGCAAAUAUUGAGAUAUAAUUACUAAAUAAACUAUUGCGCCGCAGUAAGAUUCUAUUAGUUUAAUUCUAAUAGUGUACACUAAUUUUAUUCAACAAAAUGCAACACAAGUACAACAACAAAGUGGACAUUUGAUAUUCACAGCAGGCAACAAAUUUGCUAGCCAAUAAAGGCUCUAAACAGAAAAGAUAAUCAAAUUAACAAAAAAAGGCAAAUAUUUGAAAAAUAAAGUAAAGGGAAUGUGUUCUGCGAGAAUGUCACAUUCUAGCCAGGAAAACUCAAAAGAAAGUAGAAAUAGUGAUGUACAAGCAUUUCGAAUGCCUUUUAUGCCUUCGGGACACAUCGAAACGCCAGACACGCCGUGCUCAGGCGAUUACUUAUCUAUGCAGCCUUUUAUAGAUUUUGAAGAAAUUGCUAUUAAAGAGAAAUGUGGUCAUGGUUCCUACGGUGUUGUGUACAAAGCUGUUUGGCGUGAUCGUUAUGUGGCUGUGAAGGAAUUUGUUGCUACCGCUGAACAAACAGCUAUAGAAAGAGAAGUCAAGCAACUAUCCAGAGUAUGUCAUGAUAAUAUAAUAAGCUUAUAUGGCAUAUCUGCUCAUAACCAAUCCAAAUACCUAGUUAUGGAAUAUGCUGAAGGUGGUUGCCUGUAUAACUUUCUGCACGGCAAAGUUAAACCACAUUAUCAGCCUGCUCACGCCAUCAGUUGGGCAUUACAAUGUGCUAAGGGUGUUGCUUAUCUACAUGCCAUGCAACCAAAUCCUUUGAUACACCGCGACUUAAAGCCCUUAAAUUUGUUAUUAACUGAUAAAGGUAGACAUUUGAAAAUAUGUGAUUUCGGUACAGUGGCAGAUAAAUCAACUAUGAUGACUAAUAACAGGGGCAGCGCCGCUUGGAUGGCACCUGAAGUUUUUGAAGGUUCCAAAUAUACUGAAAAAUGUGAUACAUUUAGUUGGGGCAUUGUUUUAUGGGAGGUUCUGUCAAGGAAACAACCCUUUAGUGAAAUUGAUAACUCCCUCACUAUAAUGUGGAAAAUACACAAAGGUGAACGUCCGGAAAUCAAUAAAGACUGGCCAUCAAUUAUACAAAAUCUAAUGGCUUCUUGUUGGAAAACAAAACCAGAUCAUCGUCCUUCUAUGCAAAAUGUUGUUAGCGAAAUGUCAUUUCUAUCAACUUCAUAUAGCGGAGCCGACGAGCCUUUGGAAUAUGAAUUUAAAGAUCAACAAAUAUUUCGCACAGAUAGUUACGCAGACACCGAUGACUGUGAUGAUAAUACACCUUUAGAUUUUAGCAUUUAUACCUCAUCAAGCAACAAUAAUUCUUCUACCCAAGUAACACCCACCAAUACCACUAGCCAUUCAAAUUCUUCAUCUGCUUCGACACCUACUAAUGUCGCCGCAACCGUAGAAUUAUUUAAUCAGCAUGCAAAUAUGGCAACACCGUCCAUUACAACAACACGUUGGGAUGUUAUAAAAGAAGAACCAGAGACCACAACUUAUGAUAUAAACGACUCAGCGGAUGUAUUUAAUUUGACUCCAUCAGCAGCAAGCGCUAAACGGUUUGAAACAAUUCGUAAUGACAUGACACAGUCGGCAAGUGUACCUAUGCCACCACUUUCACUGGAAAUAGAUCCGCAUGCUUGGGAUCUAAGUAGCAAUAAUAGUAACAAUUCAUGUGCCAAAAAUGAUGGCAAGGAACGUCUCACCGUCACAGAUGCCAAACCUAUGAUAACAAAUGCCAAUUUGCCUAAUAGAAAUUCACGCCUUAACCACGCUGACGAAGUUGAAACAGAUGAAGAUGAAAAUGAUGGCACUGAUCAGUCUUUAGCCGAAAUGCUGGACCCUGAGUUGCAGCCGGAACCACCCAUACCAAAUAAUUCACAAUCACAAGAGAUAUACCUCGAGCACCGACGUUUAGCCAAAGAAUAUUUACAAGUCGAUACCAAACUAUACUACGCGCAGGAUUUUAAGGAUAAGCUACUAAUACAAAUGCCGCCACAGGAAAGAGAACAGAAGCAGGAAUUGCUUAAAAAAAUGAGUGAAAAGGAAGAACUCAUGGAAUUGUAUAACAAUUUGAAACUGCAGCUGGAGACAAUGCGUGCUGGGCAAACCGAUACUGUGGCUCCCACUCCGAUUCCAAAUCAACGUCAGAUAAGUCAAAAUGAGGUUGUUGCUGAGGAUGGUUGGGUUGUGGUGCCACCGAAUUCGCAGAAUACAUAAGGAAACCUAAUUGGAGCUUAAGUAUUCGGUUGAAUUGCUGCAUUCAUUUAUUUUGAAAUGAACGUAUAUGUUUUCUUUUCCUUUUUAAGUUUAAGAAAUCCCAUUGAAAACUUUGUGUUUUUGAUAGUCUUAUAUUCGUUGAAGAUGUCUUGUCGGAUAUGAAUGAAGAAAUUGUACUUAUAGUAUAAUAUUUUGUGUGUGUGAAAAACAGUGUGAUAGAUUAAAGUUAUGUGAUUAUCUUAUAAAUAUAACCAUAAAUGUUUAUUGUUAAUCGAUUUAAAGUAUUUAAAUAAAAACUAAUAUUAUU